AUUAGCGUUUUUAAAUUCCAAACGUUAGGUGGCACCUCGGAGCAUUAGUAAAACUAUAUGGAAAGCCCAGACAUGGAAAUGACGUCACUUCGUGUGAUUAGCGAAACGCUUUACUUGUUUUUGUCCUGUCGAAGUUAUAUCAUGCAGCACAUGGUAUAAUAUGCAACACAUGCCCUUGCAAUUAUACUGUCAGGAAUGAUAAUACAAGUUGACGGAAAUGUAAAACCUGGUAUUGUUUUAAAAAUUUUACGACUUUCUUUACAGUUUCGUGUACAUACGAACAUAUUGAUAAUUACUUCAAAGGACACGAAGUAUAGUGUUUGUAGGUGGUAAUCUACAUUCGGCCGACCACACCGUUGAUCACUCUUUACCAGACACCGCUUUCGUGUUCAGAAUAAUUGGCCGUCCGCGAAAACCUGGGAUGUGCGCUCGUGCGUGACACCGGCCUGACGUCAUCCCGUUGAAGAAGGAGCGGCCUCAGUUUGCUUGACUGUCGCCAUCUGGUUCGACGUGGUGUGUGAGAGAGAAGUUGUGCCGGAGGGUCGAAUUAACGUCGGUACUUGAUUAGCAGUGUGAGAAGUGGCCUCCCUUUAUGGAAGUUUCGAUCAGUAUAGGCGAGUCAACGCAGAACGUUUUGUUGUGCUAUGCGUUGAAAUGGUGUUUAUGACAGAUUUAUUGAAGAAAGUAGAAUUUAAAUAGAGAUGCAUGAUUCAGUGUUAGUUUAUGUCUUAUCGUCGCGUGCUUUACUUCUGUGUGAAUCAAACGGUAACCAUGUUCAACUUCAAACAGAGAAUUGCGAUUACCUGUAAAUUAAAACAAUUUCCACUGUGAAUAUCACUUAUUUCAAAACAUAAUCAUGGAACAAACAGACAAUGCGGAAGUAGCACCCGAGGUACCCGUAGAUGCAGAAAGGGCGGAAUUGGUCGAAAAAGCUAAAAUGUCCGAGCAAGCUGAGCGGUAUGACGACAUGGUCGAAAGUAUGAAAAAAGUAGCUCAGAAAGACACGAAAUUGCAAGCUGAAGAACGUAACUUGCUGUCGGUCGCGUUCAAAAAUGUAGUUGGGGCAAGAAGGUCAUCGUGGAGGGUAAUUGCAACCAUUGUUGGUAAAGAAACCGAAGAAAGAAAGGUACAGCUUAAUACUGCGUAUUUAUCCAAGAUAACCAGCGAGAUUGAAGCCAUCUGCAAGGACGUAGUGGAACUCAUUGACACAAGCCUUCUCAGUAGAGAUGACUUGGAAGUAGACAGUAAAACAUUCUACAUGAAGAUGAAAGGAGAUUACUUUCGUUAUGUAGCUGAGGUUUUAAAGGAUGAAAAGAAGACUGCUUUCGGCGAAAAGGCAAACGCAUCGUAUUCAGAAGCAUACGACUUAUGCAAAUCCGAGAUGCCUGCGUCCCAUCCAAUCAGACUUGGUUUAGCACUCAACUACUCAGUGUUUUACUACGAAAUCCUUUCAGAUUCCAAACAAGCACUUUUAAUUGCUCAAACGGCGUUCGACGAAGCCGUCAAAAACAUGGACGAUUUACCAUCAAGCACAUACAAGGAUAGCACUCUCAUUAUGCAGCUACUUCGCGAUAAUAUUACGCUAUGGACAGCUGAUGCACCGUCGGAAGACAAAUCAGAUGAUGGAAAUGAAGAAGAUGCCGCAUAAAGAACAAACUAUUAUUUUGUCUUUGUUAAACUUAUCUUCUUGUGCGUCAUACUGGUUACUUUUAAGUAGAUUUAGUCUGUGAGAUACAUUUCGUUUUGUUAAUCUCUUAACGUAUUUUUCAGCGUUUCGUAUGUGAAACUAAAGACGGACUACAAUUAACUAGAUCAUGUUGUUUUUAAAUGGCUAAACACAUUUAGGUAAAACAAUCCAACUUAUAUCAAGAGAAAGUUAUAGUCAAGCGGCCUAACCUUCUGCACAGAUGAUAAUCUAUGUUGUAUGUUUAUUAUGUGCAACUGUUACCGAUUGUGUAAGUUCCAUGUCGUGGAGGUAUAAUUUCCGUAUGGUAAUACCUUUAUUACAAGCAAAUACCUGUUACGAAUUGUAUUUAUUGGUAAUCUAAUUGAUCCCACUUUGUUUUAUGUUUCCCGAUUAAAUAAAGUACAGUGGGGUAAGAUGA